AUGAGUAAGGACAUAAUAUCUGAGUAUGUGCGAUAUACCUUUAUACAUGCGGGAGAUGACACCGACAUCCCCAGCGCACAUAUGGACGUUCCAACAUGGCAUGUUGUCAAUGAGACAUCUUUGUCCAGGAUCACGUACGAUGACUUGGAACAAGAGAGCCAGGCGCAGAAUGGUGAAUUGGGGAAUUGGGGAAUUCUGGAUGGUUCAUGGAGAGGCAGACAAGAAAUGGCGUUAUUCGGCAGGAGGUUGUUCAGCACGGAGCCCACCCCCGCUGUUCUCCCAUGCUGA